AUGACAACAGAGGCCCGCUCACCCCAUCAGUACUGCUGGCUCGGUACACCUUCUACAUACCAAACAUGGCUUCAGCUGAUGUGGGUGCUGCUGGUGGGUCUCAGCCCGGGCUCCAGGGCCCAGCAGGGCACUCAGCCCCAGUCCAUCAAAAUCGAGGGCGACAUCACCUUAGGUGGGCUGUUUCCCGUGCACUCUCGGGGACCUGCCGGGGUGCCCUGUGGAGACGUCAAGAGAGAAAAGGGGAUCCAUCGAUUGGAGGCCAUGCUGUACGCCUUGGACCAGAUCAACAGUGACCCGGACCUGCUGCCCAACAUCACUCUGGGGGCCCGCAUCCUGGACACCUGCUCCAGAGACACCUACGCUCUGGAGCAGUCGCUCACCUUCGUCCAGGCCCUCAUCCAGAAGGACAACUCAGACGUGCGCUGCUCAAACGGAGAGCCUCCCAUCAUUCCCAAACCGGAGAGGGUGGUCGGGGUGAUCGGGGCGUCUGGCAGCUCGGUGUCCAUCAUGGUGGCCAAUGUGCUCAGGCUGUUUGCGAUCCCCCAGAUCAGCUACGCCUCCACUGCCCCAGAGCUAAGUGACAACAGCCGCUACGAGUUCUUCUCCCGUGUGGUGCCUCCUGACUCUUACCAGGCCCAGGCCAUGGUGGAUAUAGUCAAAGCCAUGGGCUGGAACUACGUCUCCACGCUGGCCUCUGAGGGCAACUACGGAGAGAGCGGCGUCGAUGCCUUCCUCCAGAUAUCCAGAGAAGCAGGUUGGGGGCUGUGUAUUGCACAGUCCAUAAAGAUUCCCAGAGAGCCCAGACCAGGGGAGUUUGAGAAGAUCAUCAAGAGACUGAUGGAGACCUCUAAUGCCCGAGGGGUCAUCAUCUUUGCCAAUGAGGACGACAUCAAACGUGUGCUGGAGGCUGCCAAAAAGGCCAACCUGACCGGCCACUUCUUGUUUGUUGGCUCGGACAGUUGGGGGGCCAAAAACUCCCCCAUUCAAGACCAGGAGGAUGUGGCUGAGGGUGCUGUCACCAUCCUGCCCAAAAGAGCCUCUAUUGAUGGGUUCGACCAGUACUUCACUUCAAGAUCUCUGGAAAACAACAGAAGAAACAUCUGGUUUGCAGAAUUCUGGGAGGACGACUUCAAGUGCAAACUAACCCGCCCUGGCAUAAAGUAUGAGCUUGGUAGAAGAAAAUGUACAGGUGACGAGCGAAUCAGUCGAGACUCUCAGUACGAACAGGAGGGCAAGGUACAGUUUGUGAUCGAUGCUGUGUACGCCAUGGCCCACGCCUUACACAGCAUGCACCUGGACCUGUGUCCUGGCUCCACGGGUGUCUGUGAGAAGAUGGACCCUGUGGAAGGACGGAUGCUCCUCCAAUACAUUCGCUCUGUCAACUUCAAUGGCAGCGCAGGAACUGGAGUGAUGUUCAAUGAGAACGGAGAUGCUCCUGGUCGUUACGAUAUCUUCCAGUACCAACUGUCUAAUGUCAGCAACCCCGGCUACAAGGUUAUUGGCCAGUGGACAAACCACCUCCGACUCAAUUCGGAGGAGAUGCAGUGGUCAGGCGGUGACCGUAAGAUCCCUGAGUCGGUGUGCAGUUUCCCCUGUGAAUCCGGAGAGAGAAAGAAGAUGGUGAAGGGCGUUCCCUGCUGCUGGCACUGCGAGCUGUGCGAUGGCUACCAGUACCUGCUGGAUGAGUUCUCCUGCGACAUGUGCCCCUUCGACAUGAGGCCCUUAAAGAACCGCACAGGUUGCCGGCCCACGCCCAUCAUCAAGCUGGAGUGGAGCUCUCCCUGGGCCAUCAUCCCCGUGUUCCUGGCCAUCCUGGGGAUCCUGGCCACCACUGGGGUCAUCGUCACCUUCAUCCGCUUCAAUGACACGCCCAUCGUUCGGGCCUCUGGCAGAGAGCUCAGCUACGUGUUGCUGACGGGCAUCUUCCUCAUCUACCUCAUCACCUUCCUCAUGAUAGCCGAGCCAAGCGUGGCCGUGUGCGCCUUCCGCAGGCUGCUGCUGGGACUCGGCAUGUGCAUCAGCUACUCUGCCAUGCUCACCAAGACCAACCGGAUCUACCGCAUCUUCGAACAGGGCAAGAAGUCGGUCACACCCCCGAAAUUCAUCAGCCCCACCUCUCAGCUGAUUAUCACCUUUAUACUCAUCUCAGUGCAGUUACUUGGGGUGUUCAUCUGGUUUGGUGUGAUGCCCCCCCACACCAUCAUCGACUAUGAGGAGCAGAAGCCCCCGAACCCAGAGUUUGCCCGUGGAGUCCUCAAGUGUGACAUGUCCGACCUGUCCCUCAUUUUGUGUCUGAGCUACAGUAUCGUGCUGAUGAUCACCUGCACUGUGUACGCCAUCAAGAGCAGAGGGGUUCCUGAGACCUUCAAUGAGGCCAAACCCAUCGGCUUCACCAUGUACACCACCUGCAUCAUCUGGCUGGCCUUUGUACCCAUCUUCUUUGGCACAGCGCAGUCUACAGAGAAGAUGUUCAUCCAGACCACUACCCUAACAGUGUCCAUGAGCCUGAGCGCCACCGUGUCCCUGGGCAUGCUCUACAUCCCCAAGGUCUAUGUCAUCAUCUUCCAUCCGGAGCAGAACGUCCAGAAGAGGAAGCGCAGCUUCAAAGCUGUGGUGCAGGCGGCCACCGUGUCCACGCACCUGUCCCAGAAGUCCAACGACAAACAGAACGGAGAGUCCAAGAUCGAGCCGGACAGAUCGCAGUGA